AGCGAGGCGAGCGAAUCGCAGGCAGCGGACGUACAGAGAGAGAAAGAGAGACCGGCAAAACAACACCAUGACAGCACCGAACGCAUACGACGUUAUUGUGAUCGGCGGAGGAAUAUCAGGGCUGAGUGCAGCUAAGCUGCUGAAGGAGAAAGGGUUGAGUCCUGUGGUUCUGGAAGCUAGAGAUCGGGUUGGUGGACGGACCUUCACCGUACGGAAUGAGCAGACUAAGUAUGUUGACCUGGGUGGGGCCUACAUCGGGCCUACACAGAAUCGGAUCCUCCGAUUGGCUAAAGAGUACGGAGUCGAGACCUACAAAGUCAACGAGGAGGAGAGGCUGGUGCAUUAUGUAAAGGGAAAGUCCUACCCAUUCAGAGGCUCCUUCCCCCCCAUGUGGAAUCCAUUUGCCCUGAUGGACUACAACAACCUGUGGAGGAAGAUGGAUGAGAUGGGCAGCGAGAUCCCCAGAGAGGCUCCAUGGAGGGCUCCCCAUGCUGAGGAGUGGGACAAGAUGACCAUGAAGCAGCUCUUUGACAAGAUCUGCUGGACCAAUUCUGCGAGGCGGUUUGCCACUCUGUUUGUGAACGUGAACGUGACCUCUGAACCCCACGAGGUGUCGGCCCUGUGGUUCCUCUGGUACGUCAAGCAGUGUGGAGGGACCAUGAGGAUUUUCUCCACCACCAACGGAGGACAGGAGAGGAAGUUUGUGGGCGGUUCCAGCCAGAUCAGUGAGUGUAUGGCCAAGGAGCUGGGUGAGUGUGUCAAGAUGGAAUCUCCCGUCUACAGGAUCGACCAGACAGGGGACAUGGUCGAGGUUGAGACUCUCAACAAGGAAACAUACAGGGCCAAGUAUGUGAUUGUGGCGACCGCCCCUGGUCUGAACCUGAAGAUGCACUUUAACCCCGAGCUGCCCCCGCUCAGAAACCAACUGAUCCACAGGGUCCCCAUGGGCUCUGUCAUUAAGUGUAUGGUCUACUACAGAGAGAACUUCUGGAGGAAGAAAGGGUACUGUGGCACUAUGGUGAUCGAGGAGGAAGAGGCCCCCAUCAGCUUGACUCUGGAUGACACAAAGCCUGAUGGGACUGUGCCCGCCAUUAUGGGCUUCAUCCUGGCCCGCAAGUGCAGGAAGCUAUGUGAACUGACCAGAGAGGAGAGGAAGAAGAGGAUCUGUGAGAUCUACUCCAGAGUGCUGGGCUCAGAGGAAGCUCUGCAUCCUGUGCACUAUGAGGAGAAGAACUGGUGUGAGGAGGAGUAUUCUGGAGGCUGCUACACUGCUUACUUCCCCCCUGGUAUACUCACCCAGUACGGCAAGGUUAUCAGGAAGCCAGUAGGCAGGCUGUACUUUGCAGGCACAGAGACAGCUACUGAGUGGAGUGGCUACAUGGAAGGGGCUGUUCAGGCAGGGGAGAGGGCCGCCAGAGAGAUCAUGUGUAUGAUGGGCAGGAUUCCUCAGAAUCAGAUCUGGCAAACAGAGCCUGAAUCAAAGGAAGUCCCACCACUCCCAUUUGUUACCACCUUCUGGGAGCGGAACCUCCCGUCAGUGGGUGGGUUCAUCAACUUCCUGGGCGUAGCCUCUGUCCUGUCUGUUGCCACUACAGCAGGCCUUUUGGCCUAUAAGAAGGGGCUUCUCACCCGGAGCUAAACCUAAACCCCUCCCACUUUCCUCAUUCUUCUCUCCUGCAUCUCUACAGAGCAAUUCUCCAAUGGCACCCUAUUCCCUGUACAGUGCACUACUUUUGACCAGAACAAGAGUAUUGCACUACUUUUGAACACAUGUGGCUAUGGUUCUAAAGUAAUGCACUAUAUAGGGAACAGGGUGCCAUGUUAGAUGUAGCCACUGUGUGUUAUAGGCCUUGGUAAAGACUGUUUAACUCUGUCAUUCACUACUGUACCAUCGCCCCCAUCCAUUGUUCUAAAACUAGUGUAAACAGUCUCCCAACAGACCAUCUCUCAAGACCAACUCACAAUAAUGGUGUCUGUUCUGCUAAGAUUUGUGUCUUUGACACCUUAGAUUUGUGAUGGAAGAUGUGAGUGGAUAGAGAGAAAGAGUGUGUGUGUGAGAGAGAGAGGGGGAGUGAGAGAGAGGGGGGGGGAGUGAGAGAGAGAGAGAGAGA